AUGCUCACCACCCCAUCCAAAGCAAUUACUCUUCCACCCUCCUCAUCGGCAACGCCAUCCUCCUCGUGUUCUUCUCUUUCCAUUCAUCAGGAACAUCAAGAGGAAGGGGACAUGUUGCUGAGAAGAGUGGUUGCAUCUAAUUUUGUUGGAAACGGAACUCCACCUCCUUCUCCUCCUCCACCAGCAGCGAAAGUAAGAAAAAACAAGACCAGAAAAUUUACAUUCAACGUAAUGGACUCUCCAGCAGAAUCUUUUUCUUCGUCGGAUGGUCUUUCUUCAUCUCAACGAUUGGACAAGUUGAGGUCAUUGAGUAUUUCAAUGGAACAAGAUAAGGUUCAAGAGGUUGAACGAUUGAUCGUUGAUCAUUCUCCAAAAGGAACAAAUACGCAGUGUGUCAAAUGGAAUCUUGGGAUGCAAUCGGAUCAAAAGCAAAAAGACCAUUAUGGGCACCGUCCUUGCUCACCAAUCCUCGAAACAGACCGAAAUCCAAGUCAUGUCCUGCAGAUUACGUGGUCAGCUUUGACAUGGGAGAAAGUCAAGGAGUUGUUUCCAGUCAUGUCUUAG